UCUCAGAUAAAAUCUGCUAUGCUGCGCAAACAAUGCGAACCAAGGCGCAAUGAUGCUCCAGCACCACCUGUUGUCAAUCAGGACUGGGUAGGAGUCUGGUCACUUGCGGUCUUUCUGCAAUUUUGAGCUUGUAAUAACUUGUAUUUGGAGAAGUGCUGACAUCCAGCUGUGUGCUUCGUGCCUGAUGCGGCUCGUGGCCUGCUGAAAGUGUGCCGGCAGUCAUGGCGGCCAGCUCGGCCCGGUGUGGGAUCAGGGCGCACCGGCUGGAGGUGAGCCGGCUGCCGGACCUUCCUGCCCAGCCUGGGCCACACGGGAUCGACUCACGAUGCAAGGCGUGGCUUGGGGCGCCUCACCAGCGCAGGAAGGACGCAGCUUGCGGUCCUCAAUUGCGGCAGGACCCUAGUAGCUCCGCAAGCUGCGCCAGUCGCAGUGACCAGCAGCCGGCGGUGAGGCAGCCCCACCCAAGCCAGGCCCGGGGCCGCCACCGGAGUGGCCCUGCGGCGGCUGUGGUGCUGGGAGGGCAGGCCAGUGUUGGUGGUAAUGAUGGGGAGGGUGGCGGAGGGGGGGGGAGGGGACGCAGCAGCGGAGGGGGCUCUGGCGGGGGCGGAGCGGGCGAUGGGCCUGCUGAGGGGAGCAGCGGGGAUGAGCAGGAGCAUGGACGGAUCCUGUCGACAGAAGAGGUGGAGCGCCUGCUGGCGGCAGAGGGUGUGCAGCUGCCGGAGGACAUGGCGGCAGCAGCCGCGCUCGAGGGCCUCCCCGAAAAGAUCCUGCACCGCUUCCUCAUGUUCCAGACUGCAACGGGCCCUGUGGGCUUCCUGUUCCGCGGGGUCACCUCCGUGCGCAACCGGCUGCUCGCCGAUGACAAGUUCCUCUUCAAGGUCUUCACUGAGGUGGCGGUGGACACGGGGUGUGCCACGGUGGCGGAGGUGCAGAAGCGCGGGGACGACUUCUGGGCCGAGUUUGAGCUGUACAUGUCGGACCUGCUCGUGGGCCUGGCGCUGGACGUGGCGCUGGUGGGCAUGCUGGCACCCGUUGCCUCCUUCGCUGCGCACGGGGCGCCGGCGCGAGGCCUCACGGCAGGCCUGAGCCGCCACCUUGCAGCGCUGCCGAGCAGCAUGUUCGAGGCGGCCGGCCGCGGGCGUUCCUUCAGCGUGGGGCAGCGCGUUGCCUGCUACCUGGUGAAGGGCGGGCAGUACGCGGUGGUGGGCACCGGGUGCGGCCUGGUGGGGCAGGGCAUCGCCAACGCCAUCAUGACGCUCAAGAGGAGAAUGAAGCCAGCAGACGAGCAUGCGGAGCAAGUGAAGGUCCCCCCUCUCAUGAAAUCUGCGGCCUUAUGGGGGGUCUUCAUGGGAGUGUCUUCAAACACGAGAUACCAGAUCAUCAAUGGGCUAGAGCGAUUGGUCGAGCAUAGUCCAAUGACAAGAAAGUUUCCUGUGGCAUCCAAUGCAUUCACUGUUGCCAUCCGCUUUGGCAACAAUGUUUUUGGAGGGAUGCAAUUCGUUGACUGGGCACGGUUGGCAGGCGUUCAAUAGUGAACAUUCAUUGGUAUAACGUUAAUCUGCUCGGAAUGGUUGGCAGCGUCAACUAGUUGUUGUGACAGCAUCAUAUUUUGCAAGGCUGGGAGAUAUUCAAUGUGGCCUGCAAAGGUAUACACUUAUUUAGUGAAUUGGGGUAACUGUAAAGACGAAUUCUUGAUGAAACAGGUUGACACCUCCAAUAAAAGUUUACCUUGGCUUUCUCCUACGGUACCCCUUCCACGGUAUUGAUUCCGUGGCCAAGGUUGUGCAAUCUUGGCAAUAUGGUGCCAUGGUACUGCUUUGCUCCAUUACCUC